AUGGAGUUGGUAAAGAUCCUUACUGCCUUUACCGUAGUGGAUCUCUCAAAUAACAAAUUUUAUGAGGAUAUUCCAAAAUCAAUUGGGAAUCUAAAGUUACUGCAUGUGCUCAAUAUGUCCAAUAACCAUCUCAUUGGCCGAAUUCCAGCAUCAUUGGGGAAUAUAAAGGAACUUGAGUCAUUAGAUCUCUCGCAGAACAAUUUAUCAAGUAAGAUCCCUGAGCAACUUACAAAGUUAAUAUUCCUUGCGGUGUUAAAUUUUUCACAAAAUCUUCUUAUGGGUAGCAUACCACAUACUCAACAGUUUCUUACAUUUACGAAUGAAUCUUUUCAAGGGAACUUGGGAUUAUGUGGUCUUCCACUAUCAAAGAAAUGUGAAGAUAACAAUGUUUCACCACCAUCAACACAAUUGGAAAGCAAAUACGACUGA